UGAGCUGCCGAGCUGCUCGAGGAUUACACGGACUGUUUAGAUAAAGGGAGAACUGUUUUUAGCACAGGCAACAAUUAAAAUAGCUGGCGAACAUCCACACCUCCGGCACUGCCAUAAAAAAGGAGAAAAUUCUGGAUUCCACCACCAUCAGGGAUGCACUCAGAGAUGAGAGCCUGAGCUCUGCCAGGUGAGGAAGGCACCGAGGUGGACGCUUGCCCUGGAGAUGGCUGCGGAGGAGCUGCGUGCUCCAGGCACCCCUUUCUCACUCUCCUUUUCGGGCAGUGGGUUCCUCGCGCUGUAUCAGGUUGGGGUGGUUCAGUCCCUCCUGGAGUUGGCCCCCGAACUGCUCAAAUCUGCCUGCAAAGUGUAUGGAUCGUCUGCAGGAUCGCUCAUCGCCGCCGCCGUGGUGUGUGGCAUCAGCCUGGAUGACCUGAAAGAAGUGUUCUAUGCAAAUGCAAGAGAAGCCCGGAAAACCCUGCUGGGCCCCCUGUCGCCCAAGUGCAGCUUGCUGGCCAACCUCAGGGCCGUGCUGCAGCGCAGGCUCCCAGAGGAUUCCUACCAGGUGGCAUCGGGGCGGCUGCACAUCUCACUGACACGGGUGGUGGACGGCCAGAACGUCAUGGUGUCUGAGUUCAGCUCGAACGAGGAGCUCAUUCAGGCUCUCCUCUGCAGCUGCUUCCUUCCUAUCUACUGCGGGUUCAUCCCUCCGUCCUACCGAGGUGUGCGUUACGUUGAUGGGGGAUUCACAGGCCUGCAGCCCGUCUCCAGCCUGGAGGAAGCUGUGAUCACUGUGUCCCCAUUCACGGGAGAGCUCGACAUCUGCCCACGGGACUGCCCUGCCAUCUUCUACUGCUUCCAGAUCUUCAAUGGCAGCAUUCAGAUUUCGGUGGAAAACCUGUGCAGGAUUAGCUAUGCUCUGUUUCCACCCAGCACCAUGGUCCUGAACGACAUUUUUUCCCAAGGGUACCAGGACACUGCCCUUUUCCUCUGCAGGAACAAUGCCUUUGGUGUGAACUACUUCGAUGGCAAUUUCCGCUUUGCCAGCAUGUGUGGGAAGAACGACUUCCCACAGCCCAACAGGAUGCUGAACAGUCUGGGCAAGAGUAUCCCACAGUACCUGGCACCGCGCUUCCUCCCAGACCUGGCUCGGUGGAAGAAGCAGCAGAUAUUUAAACUGCAGGAUCCGCUGUCAAAGGUCCUCCUGCAGCCAUACAAGCUGCCGGCGUUUGUCUGGAAGGGGCUGGAGCAGCUGUGGGGGCUGCUGGAAGACAUCAGCUCCAUGGCAAAACGGUUCCAGAAGCUCCUCCGAACAGUGGUGCCUGGUUUGCCUAAGAGAGCUGGGGCCAGGAGGUGAGAUAUGGAGCAGAGGGGAGGCAGAGUACAGAGCUGGGAAACCCUGAGAGCUUUCACCCAUCAGUCACUGAUACUGAGCUUGGCUAAAAAUUCCACAUCUGUGACACUCCACCUUUAAAGAGCCUUUUUUUUUCCCCCCCUGGAAUGUUUUGCUACUUAUUCAGCAACAUCUGCAAGAAGCUACAAACCAGCCUAGUGCCACCUCCCUACAGCAAUGUAUUCCAGAGCAAUUACAUGCUGGCCUCUGUCCUAGUGGAACACGAGGAAUCUCCACCAAGUGAUGUUUUGGCACUAAACUCUCAGCAGUCAAGGCACUUACCCUUCUAGACAGAGUUCUCAGCCUGCCUAAAGCUUGCUCCACAUUACCUU